AUGGACUCCCAGUCCGACAUGCAGCGGCCUUCCAUAACCUUCGGCGACCGUUCCUCGACAGACAAUUCUUCCGAGGCGACUCCCAUAGCGAGCGUGAACCCCGACUCUGUAGCGCCUCAGCUGCCAAACCCAUCCGCCGCAACCACCUCAGCUCCCGCCCCCGUCUCCGCCGCCGCUGCAACACCCAGCUGUAGUUCAUCAUGGAGUGCCGGUUCCGACCGCCAGCUGGGCCAUGGUGCCAGUCCUGAUCCGUCAGAUCGAGUCUUCCCAAUCCGCUCCGUUGUGAGCGUUGACCGCACUGGUAGGACCUCCGGUGAGCACGACUACUUCCCGCGAGUACCCGACCAUGGCCAGUAUCAAGCCCCCCGUCCGGCCAACCCCCGUAUCGAUACCGCCGCUCUUGAAUCCUUCUCUCGUCGUGAUUCCGCCUCUACACCACUGUCCAGUAUGACUUCGCCAAGCGACCGUCAAGGAGUCCAGACAAGAAGGAAAAUCGCAGGAUCUGGUCCAAUAUCCAGCGUUCAAGCCGAUGCCGCACGUCAAGGCAAUUCGCAACCCCUCGAAAUAUUUCAAGAUAAUGCGUCAGAGGGCGAGGAGGACUCGGCACCAGGAGACGAUUCUUCACAACACCAAACGUCUCUCUCCACCGGCGCACUCGGCGACACGGGCAACGAUGGCCUAUUAACGACGCGAUUCAAGUACGUCAUGACGGACGGAGGUCACCAUGUGAUUACAGGCACCGAUGGUGUUCUUCAGCGGUGCGAAGAUGAACCUAUCCACACUCCUGGCUCUAUUCAGGGAUUUGGUGCUUUGGUGGCUGUUCGCGAAGAAAACGAUGGGCGGUUUUCCGUUCGUUAUGCCAGCGAGAAUACGGGGAAGCUAAUGGGAUACUCGCCACAGCACCUGUUCCGCCUCAACAGCUUCUUGGAGAUCUUGAGCGAGGAACAGCAAGACAACUUGCUUGACCAUAUCGAUUUCAUCCGCGACGAAGAUGCCGACCCAGCUGUCAACGGACCAGAGGUCUUCAGCAUAUCCGUUCGCCCACCUAAGAAGAAGAGCGUCAAGCUGUGGUGUGCCAUCCACAUCAACCCGGCGCAUCCCGAUCUGAUCAUCUGCGAAUUCGAAGUCGAUGACGACCACCAGUUCCCGUUACGGCCGCCGGACGAGCCCAUACCCAUGACCCCUGAAGAUACGCUGCAAUCAAACCCAACAUCCGAGGAGUUGGCUGAGAGCACUGAGAUCUUGAGCAAACCCCUGAGAGUUUUACGGAGUGCACGCAAGCGCAGAGGUGACGCUGGGGCCAUGCAGGUGUUUGACAUCAUGUCCCAAGUACAGGAACAACUCGCAGGGGCGCCAAACCUGGAGGGCUUCCUCAAGAUCCUAGUAGGCAUCGUCAAGGAACUGACUGGUUUUCACCGCGUCAUGAUCUACCAGUUCGACUCAUCCUUCAAUGGUAAGGUUGUUACAGAGCUCGUCGACACCACGCAUACCAAAGAUCUGUACAAGGGCUUGCACUUCCCUGCCUCCGAUAUCCCACGGCAGGCUCGCGAGCUAUAUAAAUUGAACAAAGUACGUCUCCUCUACGACCGGGACUUGGAUACCGCCCGUCUUGUUUGCAAAGCAAAGGAAGACCUCGACGUACCGCUAGAUCUCAGCCAUUCAUACCUUCGCGCCAUGUCGCCGAUCCACCUCAAGUACCUGAAAAACAUGGCCGUUCGGUCUUCCAUGUCGGUUUCGAUCAACGCCUUCAACGAACUGUGGGGCCUCAUUGCCUGUCACUCGUACGGCCGCAAGGGCAUGCGUGUAUCAUUUCCCAUCCGCAAAAUGUGUCGUCUGGUAGGGGACACCGCUUCCCGCAAUAUCGAAAGACUGUCGUAUGCCACUCGACUACAGGCACGGAAACUCAUCAACACAGCGCCUACCGAGAAAAAUCCCUCUGGCUACAUUAUCGCUUCCUCCGACGAUCUUUUGAAGCUGUUCGACGCCGACUUCGGCAUGCUAUCCAUCAAAGGAGAAACAAAGAUUCUUGGCGACCUUGAGCAGUCGCAAGAGGCUUUAGCUAUGCUCGAAUACCUGCGGCUGCGCGAGUUGACAUCCGUUGUUACGUCCCAGGAUAUUCGCGAAGACUUUCCAGAUCUACGGUACCCUCUGGGGUUCACCGUUAUUGCAGGACUGCUUUAUGUUCCUUUGAGUGUUGGAGGUAACGACUUCAUCGUAUUCUUUCGGAAAGGUCAGGUCAAGGAGGUCAAGUGGGCCGGAAAUCCGUACGAGAAGACGUUACGCGAAGGCACAGCUGCAUACUUGGAGCCCAGGAAGAGCUUUAAAACCUGGCAUGAGACGGUGCUCGGUAAAUGCAGAGAAUGGUCAGAGGAACAAGUCGAGACAGCCGCGGUGCUUUGUCUGGUCUAUGGCAAGUUUAUCGAAGUUUGGAGGCAGAAGGAAGCAGCGUUGCAGAGCAGUCGCCUUACACGGUUGUUGCUCGCAAACUCCGCCCACGAGGUCCGGACGCCACUCAACGCCAUCAUCAACUAUCUCGAAAUUGCAUUGGAAGGCUCGCUCGACCAGGAGACCCGCGAAAACCUUGCUAAAUCCCAUUCAGCAUCCAAGUCGCUGAUUUACGUCAUCAACGACCUGCUCGAUUUGACCAAGACAGAGGAAGGACAGAAUCUGAUCAAGGAUGAGGUCUUCGAUUUUGGAAUGUGUAUCCGUGAAGCGACCGAUCCGUUCACCAACGAUGCCAAGAGGAAGGGCAUUGAGUAUCGGGUCAUUGAGCAUCCUGGUCUACCCCAGCAUGUUUGCGGUGAUAGCCGACGGCUGAGACAAGCAAUUUCCAAUGUCGCAGCCAAUGCUGUACAGAACACUUCGAAGGGUUCAGUGAGAGUCGAGUUAUACGUUAGCGAGGUUUUGGAUCGACGGGUACGCAUCGAAAUUGUUGUUGAAGACACAGGAAAAGGUAUGACUGCGAAGCAACUAGACACCUUAUUCCGAGACCUCGAGCAAGUCAGCGUAGAGAUCGAUGAGUCCAACUUCAUAACCUCGGAAGACCCUGAACCCGGCAAAGACACUAGGAUCUUAGGGUUGGGAUUGGCCGUUGUUGCCAGAAUCGUUCGCAAUAUGGACGGCCAGCUGCGCUUGAAGUCAGAACAAGGGAUAGGGUCGAGAUUCGUUAUUCAGUUGCCCUUCGAUCUCCCCGAGGACGCCCCUGUGCCUGCUGAAGGUGGUCAGAAGUCUGCCAAGUCUAAUACAGCGUCCAGCAUCGCGUCUGUCACGACAGCGAUAUUGCCGGAUAACGAUGGCGAGUUGACGCUUAUCGAUAGAGGAAGUAGACUGUCCGUUCUCCAGGAGGGAGCGGCAGAUGAGGGGGCCGCCGAGACGCACAGUCUGGAAAGCAAGCAGAGCGCCGCUACAGGAGGUAGCAAGAACAGUGGGCGGAGCUCUCGAAGCGAUGCUGAACGGUUGAUCGACGCAAUCCAGACGCCUCUUUCUAUCGGAGAAACUGACCCGAACCGGCCAACUGCUCAUCGGCAGUACUCGAAGGAACAUUGCAAUCGACCAACAUCCUCGGAGGGGAACAAUGCCUCAUCUGCCUCGGCCUCCAGACUGAUGGGUUCGUCAAUUUCGCGGCGAAGUAAUCCGAGUAUUUACACUGUCGAGUCGUCAAAGCCUCCCGAAAUUGGCUACGCGAGCGUUGCGGAUACGAAAACACCCGUCAGGGCGGUCAAGGUACCUGACGAAUACUUUGACCAGCCGUCAAGGCCCCAGCAAAGCGAAUCUUCACGAGUCCUCUUCGAGGUUUUUGACAAGCCCAAGGCCCCAGGGACAUCAGACGCUGGCACUAUAGGCACUGCCCCGAGCGUUGUCUCGGGCGCCGAUAACACCAAGUUGCAGGUCCUCAUCGCUGAGGAUGAUCCGAUCAACUCAAGAAUUCUGCGAAAGCGCUUGGAGAAGUCUGGCCAUCAGGUCUCUCACGCCGUCAAUGGCGAAGAUUGCGCAACCGUUUACCACGAGAAGCCUAAGGCUUUCGAUGUUGUCCUGAUGGAUAUGCAGGUAUAUCAGCCCCGUUUGUUUGCCUCGUCAACUUUGUCUUUCUAA